AUGAAAUUAGACAGUUUGAAUGACGUAGGCGAUUCAGUAACACCGGUCAGGACUAAACGACGAUCAAAUUACGAUGCUAACCCGAUUAGUCAGAUGACCAAAAGAAAAAGUAAAAUUUAUUGGCCAUCAUUACCAGUAAAUGAGGUUCGUCAGCAGCUAACUGAUGCCGUAAAAACUAACCCUAUAGUUAUUGUUGUUGGAGAAACUGGGAGUGGUAAAAGUACGCAAAUACCAAAGAUUUGUUAUGAGGAAGAAAUCUGUGGGAAUGGCUUGAUAGGUGUGACGCAACCACGUCGAGUUGCAGCAAUAACUUUAGCUAAACGUGUAGCGGAAGAGAUGAAUUCGGAGCUUGGAGAAAAGGUUGCUUACAAGGUUCGUUUCGAAAACACCGAGGGAGACGAAACUCGCAUCGUUUAUGGAACUGAUGGUGUAUUUCUUCGAGAGGCUAUAUAUGACUCCCUACUUUUGCGUUACUCAAUUAUUAUUGUUGAUGAAGCUCAUGAAAGGUCACUUCACACUGACGUGCUGAUUUCUAUACUCAAAUUAUGCUACGAGCAGCGUAAAGAUAGUAGCAAUCCUCUUAAGCUUGUGGUUAUGUCUGCAACACUUGAAUGUGAUCUUUUUUCUUCGUAUUUUUAUGAUGCUCCUGUUUAUGGAAUACAGGGACGGACAUUUCCAGUAGAAGUGCGUUUCGCUUUGUGUAACAGGUUUUUUUGUGGUGAUUUUUAUCUUAAACUCAACUUUAGAUUUUUGUGCAGGGAACAAAUCUUGCUUCAGUUAUUCUAUGGGAACACUAUUGACACGAAGAAUGACGAUUAUGUGUUUAUCGCUUUGUCUACCUUAAUGCAAAUUCACCAGAAGGAGCCGACGAGUUCUGGUGUUCUCAUUUUCUUAACUGGCCAAGAUGAAAUAGAAAUUGCUUGUAAGAAGGCACUAGAGGCUUCUCGACUUCUGAAUAAAGAGUUACUAGUUUUUCCUUUAUAUGCAGCACUAAGCCCUGAGGCUCAGAUGAGGGUUUUUGAGCCUCUUAGACAUAGUGAAGGCAGAAAAGUGGUUAUUGCAACAAACAUUGCAGAAACCUCAGUGACUAUUCCAGGUAUUCGAAUAGUAAUUGACGCAGGGAAAGUCAAGAUGAGAACUUACGUAGCUGAGCGUCGCAUUGAUCUCAUACAUUUGGAGGACAUUUCACGCGCUUCGGCUAUGCAGCGUGCAGGGCGAGCAGGCCGCGAAGGACCAGGGAAAUGUUACCGGUUGUAUUCGGAGGACCAUUAUAAUUCGUUACCACAAGCGACCGUGCCAGAGAUUCUUCGUUCAAAUUUAGCUACAGUUUUGCUAGAACUUUAUCGCAUGGGAAUGGUCCGCUUGAAUCGGCUUAACUUGAUUUCUAUGCCUUCCAAAGAAGCGUUUGAUUACGCUUUGUAUCAUUUGAGAUGUUACGAUGCUCUUAUGCCGCCCGAUGAAAAGGGGCGCAUUCGUCUAACGGAUAUGGGGACUAGACUUGCAGCAUUUCCCCUUUCUCCCAGUUUUGCAAGGGUGCUUGUAGAAGCUUCCCGUUUAGACUGUUUAGAAGAAGCGCUGACUGUCGUAGCAUUUAUGUCAUCUGAUUCAAUUUUUCUGACUUCAACAGUGGACCGAGAAAAUACACAGUCAAUUCAUCAAAGAUUUUAUUCACCGGAAGGGGAUCACUGCACUAUGCUCAAAAUCUAUAAAGGAUACCGUGCAGCACGAAAAGAAAAGAAAGCAAAAGAGUGGUGCAGUUCUAAUUUAGUACAUGAACGAGUCCUUAAUACUGUGUUCAGGAUUCGGCGUCAACUGAGAGAAAUUUGCAAUAAAGAGCGUUUGAAUCUACGAUCUUGCGGAGGGGAGAAAGCAUUGGCUUUUGGCCUAUUUAUGAAUGCGUGUGAAUAUGAAAGGUCAUCAGACUCCUAUAGACUUGUAACUUCAUCAACUACUGCGAUAAAAAUUCAUCCGUCUUCUUGCCUUUCUCGAUCUCGGCCGACAGCUUUUGUUUUCAGUGACCUUGUGAAGACAACGGAGUUGUAUGCGAGAGACAUCACCGUUGUCGAGGUAGAGUGGAUUCAAAAGAUCUUAGAGGAGAAGAAGCAAGUUCUUCAUUUGAUGUAA